AUGCCCGACGAACAUCCACUAGCACAAGUUCAACAGCCAACUUUCAUACACCAUUUCAAGGCACCACCAUUUUGGAUAAAGAAUCCAAAAAUGUGGUUCAUUCAACUGGAAUCCCGUUUUGUCACAGCAAAUAUCACCGACGACGAGACAAAGUUUCAUUACGUUGUCGGCGCGCUAGACGGAGAUAUUUUAACGUACGUAUCAGAUAUUCUCGAAAAACCACCGGUAAGCAAUAAGUACUUGAAACUAAAACAGGUACUCGCCGAGCGUUUAUCCGAGUCGGAGGAGAAAAAGCUUAAAAAGUUGUUGCGUGAUUUAGAACUAGGCGAUAAAAAACCGUCAUAUUUGCUUCGGGAAAUGCAGCAGUUAGCAGGUGACCAGUUAGCCGACGAUAUGCUGAAAAAUCUAUGGUUACAGCGCCUACCUGUACAAGUACAAGCUGUACUCACAACCAGCACAGAUUCGCUAUCUAAUUUGUCAAAAAUGGCUGAUAAAGUCCACGAAGUAAGUGAAAUAAGUACCGUAGCAACUGUGAAUACGGAGAAACAAUGUAAAUGCCAAACAAAUUAG